AUGGUUAUCCUCACAAGCCGAACGGAUAUGUCAGAAGCGCCAGUGACACCCGAAUGGGACAUCAACGACGCGGUAGUUCCAAGGGUCACCAGCUUCGACACAUUCGGCGAAUGGUGCGACGGCCACGUGCGUCGCGUAUACCCACCUGGCUGCGAGGAAGCGAGAAGACACGCUUCAGGAUGGGCUAUGCGAAAUACGAACAACCACAAUGUCCAUAUUUUGAAAAAGAGCUGCCUAGGCGUACUCGUGUGUUCUACCAGAUGCCGGCUUCCAGAUGGGUCGAGAGUUCACUUGAGACCGGCUAUAUGUGACAAAGCACGAAAGAAGCAACAAGGUAAACCCUGUCCAAACAGACUAUGCAACGGAGGCAGAUUGGAGGUCCAGCCAUGCCGUGGUCACUGCGGCUACCCCGUCACACAUUUUUGGCGUCACACCGAGCACGCUAUAUUUUUUCAAGCGAAGGGCUCCCAUGAUCAUCCUAGACCAGAAGCGAAAGGUGCUAGUGAAGUUCGAAGAUCACUGGGUGCUGGCAGGAGAGUGCGUGGCCUCGCCUUACUACUGGCUAGAGAUGCAGCACUUACUGACAAAAUUGUUUGUGUAAAAACGGACAAAGCGGCGAGUGAAAAUAAAUUUAAUGUACAUCCACAGCCUCCCCCACUCAUUCCGGAUAAUCAAGGUAAGUCUUUCUCGUGUACGUGCGGGUCAUACAGUUGCAAUUGUCGAUGGCGAUCAGAAACUGCAGUAGAGCCCUACGCAGCUGCUGCGUGGACACCUACAGAGCAUCAAACCUUCACAGCAUACGUACCCCCCACGCAACCAGUCCUAUCACAUCAACCGCAGGCAUACGACCCAGCAACCUUAGCCGCCGAAGACAUUUUCCAUCCAGAAGAAAUCUUCCAACUUGACCAACCGAUUAGAUUGGAUUUUCCAAUCGAAGAGAACACGCUUGAAUCUACACCCACUUUCAUGGACCUUAAUAACGAUAACUCCAGACCCGAAGACGCCUACUGGUUAGAUUGGCAACGAGCCGCAAGUUGCUCAGAAUCAAGCCAUACGCCGUCACCGGAGCUGUACGGUAAUCAGUAUCAAACUGCUGAAUCGUACUGUGACCAGCUAUCAUCUGUGCAACAGCCGUACUACCCUGAAGAAGCUCAAUACUACAUUGAGCAAGUGAAAGAUUCUUCUACGCAGGACCAACGAUACUACCGAUAUGGAGCGUCUUGUCAAUCCGAUCAAAAUAAUUUAGGCAUGCAAUGGAAUUAUGCGGAUUGUGCGUUCAAUACGCAAGAAGUACCAGAAUGUAAACAGUAUUAUGAAGGGCACUCUUCCCAAACUGAGCAAACGUUUAAUUCGUUACUGUAA